AUGGAGGACAUGCCGGAGGUGCGGACAGAUGGGAACUCGCUCCUGAAGGCGGCAUGGCUGCGCCGUUUACGCCUGACCAGGCUCCUCCUGGAGGGCGGGGCCUACAUCAACGAGAGCAACGACCGCGGGGAGACAGCCUUGAUGCUGGCCUGCAUGUCCAGGCACUCCGACCAGCAGAGCGUCAGCAAGGCCAAGCUGGUCAAGUACCUGCUGGAGAACAAGGCCGACCCCAACAUCCAGGACCGAGCCGGCAAGACGGCACUCAUGCACGCCUGCAGUCACAAGGCCGGCCAUGAGGUGGCGUCCCUCCUCCUGUCCAAUGGGGCCGACCCCAGCCUGGAGGACCACGGCGGGGCCUCGGCUCUCGUCCAUGCCAUCAACGCGGAUGACAAGGACACUCUGAAACUGCUGCUGGACAGCUGCAAGGCCAAGGGCAAAGAUGUCAUCAUCAUCACCACGGACAAGUCCGCCUCCGGAGCCAAAACCACCAAGCAGUACCUGAAUAUCCCGCCCUCCCCUGAGCUAGAGGAGAGGCAAUCCCCUGCGCUCUGCACCUCCCCCUCCGAGAUCGACAUAAAAACAUCCCCGACACCCAGCAACGGAAAGCUGCAGGAGACCGUCUUCAGUUUCCAGAACAAACGGGUGGCUCCCCCCACCGCCAAACCCCCAAACCCACCGGGAUCUCCCACGAGAAGACCCGCUAACCCCAAACGGGCUCGGCUGCCCCAGCUGAAACGGCUGCAGUCGGAGCCCUGGGGUCUGAUCGCCCCCUCCGUGUUGGCCUCCGCGUCACAGCAGGAGAGCAGGAGAGCCAGCUCUGACGAGGACGUGGUGACCGGGGUGAACGGCCUGUAUCUGGGCAGGAGGGCGCCCCUCUCCCGCCACAACAGCAUGGAGGGUAAAGACUGCUCCUUCCCCUCGGUGGGGGACCACUGCUCCCCUGCGACGCUCUCCACCUCGUCCGCUCCCACGUCCCGCAGGACGUCAUACGAGAAGUCGCUACUGCAGCUACAGGCGCUGAUGCGGCGUGUUGCUGUUCAGGAUCACGACGGCGGUGGCGUCUCGGUCGGCAGCCCCUCCUGUCUGAGGGACACAGUGUAUCGGCGGCGCCUGGGAAACGAGCACUAUGACUCAGACUCCCAGCUGUACUCUGACUCGGCCCUGCCGGACUCGCCCAAGGCUCCGCCGGAGAAACGGAAGCAGAACUCGUCCCCCCUGGCUCUGCUCAUGGGCUCUCGCGAGUCACUGGACAGCAAUGCCAGCUCGUCCCCGGGCGUGGCCCGGCGCCGGGCACCGGGCGUCCUGGAGAGGCGGGGCUCUGGGACUCUGCUCCUGGACCACAUCUCGCACACUCGGCCGGGCCACCUGCCCCCCCUCAACGUCAACCCCAACCCCCCCAUCCCAGACAUCAGAGCCAGCAUCAAGCCCUCCUCCUCCUUCACCAUCUGCCACAGUUCGAUCAUCCCUGUAGCGCCCAGCUCACCAAAGAGAGGCUUCCCCAAGCCCAAGAAGACACUGGUGAGGAGGCAUUCCAUGCAAGUGGAGCAGAUGAAGCAGCUCUCCAACUUUGAGGAGGUGACAAAUCCAUAA